GUGCGAAGAAAGGAAGGUGUUCUCUCGCGUACAGCGUUCUGGCGGAAGAUAUCGCGCGUGCCGUGGCGGAUCCGUAUCGCGGCAGUAUCGUGAUCUGGCAAUCGCGCGGUAUCGCCGGUCGUGCGACGCGUCGCAACACACGUCGCACGUAGCGCACGUCCGAUCUCGGCGCGGACUUGUGUCGUAGCGCGCGCUCGCGUGUGGCCAGUAGUCGCACGAGUCGGGACGAGUCGCACCGUUUGGUCCCCGUAGGCCCCCCUUCCUCGAGGGAUUAUCAAAAUGGUGGCUGCACAACGCGGGUGAUGUGUAGGCAGACCUCGGCUCGCAUCGUGAUCGUUUCAGGGUGGCGCGAGGUACGCGAGCGUAAUUACGCGAGGCCGACAGCAUGGGCGACCCGAAGAGCCAACACGGCGCGCAGGAGAUGAAAGGCUGGCUCUUUAAAUGGACGAACUACCUGAAGGGUUAUCAGCGGAGAUGGUUCGUCCUGUCAAACGGCCUUCUGUCAUACUACAGGGCUGAACCAACAGGGGGGCCAAAGAUAUCAACGCGACGCAAGCGGAGGGCUGGCAGAGCCUCCGACUCCAGGCGACGGCGGGCCAUGCUCCUGAGACUGUCAGACGCGUCUCGGUUCCUAUGUUUCAGAAAUCCCGCGGAGAUGUCCCACACCUGCCGCGGCACGAUUUCCUUACACGGGGCCUUAAUACACACGGUGGACGCCUGCACCUUCGUCGUCAGCAACGGCGGCACACAGACCUUCCACAUCAAGGCGUCGACCGAGGUGGAGCGACAACAGUGGGUCACAGCCCUCGAGUUAGCUAAAGCCAAGGCUAUUCAAGCGAUGGAAUCUGAAGAAGAGGAGGAGGAAUAUCAAGAUAACGACAAUCAAAAUGUAGAAACCGCGUCUGUGAUUAAGGAUCUAACGCGACGAUUGGACGAUCUGCAAGCGUGCAAUGACUUGAUAUUUAAGCAGGGAACCGCGCUUCAACGAGCUUUAACCGAUUUGGAGAUGCUGGAGCCUCCGUCCUUCGAAUUAACGGCAAAAUUUAAAAUCGUCAGCGAGCGAGCCACGCUUUUCCGGAUUGCGGCGAAUGCCAUGGUGAACACGAGCAGCGAUUACUUACAACUAGCACAGCAGCAGGAGCCUAAAUGGAAGAAGAUGCUGCAGCACGAACGCGAUCAGAAGGUGCGAAUAGAAAAGAUGGUCGAGCAGUUGGCCAGGCAACAUUCCCACUUGGAGGAAGCUGCGCAACACGCGCUCCCUUCGGCGACACCUGCGGGAGGCCACAGACCAUCACAUCCAGCAGUCACAACGUCGCCAUCGGAGGAUGAGGAGGAUAAUGCUGAAUUUUACGAUGCGCAAGAAUCAGACACCUUCACUCUAACCAUACCUGGGGUGGCCACGAACAAUUCAAUUUCCCAUGCGAGAGAUCGCACCGACUCCCAAGGUAGCGACGAUGGCUCCAGCUCAGAGGGAGACCCGACGCCUCUACCCGUGUCCGAUUCCACUGGUGCCGAGUCGUUCCUCAUUGUGACCGAUUCUACAGCAGCGCAGACUCCGUCACCCGUCGCAACCACGGACACUCUGGACAAUAUAGCUUGGCAGACGAACAAUGGCAGCAACAGCACCAGGAUGACCGCCGUUUCCAAGAGGAAGCGGCGGACCAGGGUCCCCGACAAGCCAAAUUAUCCCCUGAAUUUGUGGAGCAUCAUGAAAAAUUGUAUCGGCAAGGAUCUGUCAAAAAUUCCCAUGCCGGUGAACUUCUCCGAGCCACUUAGCAUGCUUCAGCGACUGACGGAGGAUUACGAGUAUGCUGAUAUUCUUGACAGGGCCGCAGAAUGCUCCGACAGCUACGAACAGAUGGCUUACGUAGCCGCAUUUACUAUAUCCAGUUACUCCACAACCGCUGCUAGGACAGGGAAGCCUUUCAAUCCUCUUCUAGGCGAGACUUACGAGUGCGAUCGCACGGAUGAUCUUGGAUGGCGGGCUAUCUCGGAGCAGGUGUCUCAUCACCCACCCAUGGUAGCGCAGCACUGCGAGGGCAAGAAGUGGCGGUGUUGGCAGGAGUUUACGAUGGCGUCGAAAUUUCGCGGGAAAUACCUGCAGGUGAUUCCUCUGGGUACUGCGCAUCUGGAAUUCGACAGCGGUAAGCAGCACUACACGUGGCGCAAAGUCACCACUACGGUGCACAACAUCAUAGUCGGGAAGCUAUGGGUCGACCAGAGCGGCGACAUGGACAUCGUGAAUCACAAGGAGGGUAUCAAGUGCCAUUUAAAGUACAUACCGUACUCGUAUUUCUCGCGGGACAGCCAGCGCAAGGUGAAGGGAGUGGUCAUGAACUCGAACAAGGAGGUCAAGUGGGUGGUGCAGGGCACGUGGGACGCGAAGAUCGAGAUCGCGCCGGUGAUCAGCACGUCCGGCACGCCCGACAACCCGGUCUACAAGACGGGUCCUUACAUACUGGCCUGGAAGCGACGUAUGCCUACCGAGGAUUGCGAAAAAUAUUAUUCGUUCACGGAGCUGGCGUGUCAGCUGAACGAGCCAGAGGAGACUGUUGCUCCGACGGAUUCCCGGCUGAGGCCUGAUCAGCGAUUGAUGGAGGAUGGACGAUGGGACGAAGCUAAUGCGGAGAAACUGCGCUUAGAGGAGAAGCAAAGAGCUGCUAGACGAGCGCGCGAGCAUGACGCCGAAAAGGCUGCCGCGCAAGGAUUACUUUACGAGUCGUACGAGCCAUUGUGGUUCCGGAAGAAGCAGGAUCCGUACACAGACAGCCGUUGUUACGUUUUUAAUGGCGAGUACUGGGAUUACAAGAGCAGAGGUGACUGGUCGCGAAGUCCGAACAUAUUUUAGUAAUAUGGAUAUAUUCUAUUACGAUUAUGUGACUCGGUCACAUACACACACGCAGUGCUGAAGAGUUUCGGGAUCGUGUAAGAAGGGACGAUAGCCGUUACUAGAAGUCACGGGCGCUCGUGCUCGAGACUUAGAUGCUUAUAAAAUAACGUUGACGUGAUAGUGGGGUUGUUGUUAUGGGAUAUGGUUUAGCAAUUAAUUCUUCCAACGAGGUGGACAAAGUUGUUGGCACUCUGACAUGUACAAUAUGCAGUUUGUACUUGCGUGUCAUCGCCUUUGUUAUAAUUUCACUCUCCUACGCCUCUCGGCCUUCCCUUUCCUUUUUCUCGUAGCAUUCCUACCGUUCCUUUUGUCUCCUCUUCCUUUGAGAACGAUCAGCGCAUUUAAUCCAGUGCCUGAUUUAACCAGUGCGCUUGCAGUGCGUUUCUUUUUUAGAAUUUUGCAGAAUUAAUAUAAUAGCCGUUUCCUAAUUUUCUCGGUCAGGUUAAACACGUACAUUCGCACGUGUCGCAGCUGCGUAUUUCAAUUCCUCGAGGAUUGAUGCUCAAUUAUAUCAUCAGUCUGACGUGGGGCGUGAGUAAAGCUGAGAGAGCAAUAAUGAGACCGCGAGGAAUGUAAAAAAAGAAAAAGAACUACUUCUAUCACAUGAUUAUUAGAAAUUUAAGUAAAGCUCAAUGUUCUACCUUGUAGUAUAUUCAGUAUUCUCGAUUUAAUUCUUAGACGGAUACAAAUCCUAAUUUUUUUAGAAGCUAACCAGUGCUUACGUUCUACCGCAGUUAAUAGUGCCACCAGAUGUGCCGCGAGAAUUUCAUUUUGUAUUUUCGUUAUUUAAUUCCAUCGCUGGGGAUAACUCGCGUAGAUACAGAAGUGUGCAGUGAGGAGUGAAAUUAAUAAUCCGACGCUCGUCGCGAAUUAGUGUAAAAUUAACAGGUACAAUUACCAUUCUUGUUUUAUACGCAAAAAUUGUUUUUACAGGAAUAAAGGUAGAUUAGGAAUAGCAUUUUCAAAUAUCGGGGAAAAUUAAUGGAGUUUCGAUGCACGUUGGCGUGAUGCGUCCGCGAUUUUGUCCUAGCUUUCCCCAUCAUUGCACAUUCGCUGUUCGAUAUAGCGUUACUGGAUUGUGGGAGUCGAUCCCGGCAGUACCGCGCGAACUCGAGGGAGAUUGCUGUAUCUAUACAAGCACACGUACUCUUCGACGAUUACACGAUGAUUUUCGAUAUACAUGCGCAGUGACGACCAUUUGCUGAGGUUUUACACAAAAAUCGACGAUUGAUGCUUCCAACUCUAGCCAGCGUUAUUCUCGCAGAAGUCGCUAUCUCACACGAGUCGCGAAUUUUCCGCCGAAUUUUCAGCCACGAUGUUCCCCCCCGAACACCUUGCCGGAUCGCAACGCGAGAGUACGCACGACGCUGCUGCUCCACUGGAUAAAAUAAAAUAAAACGACGUUUCGCGUGGAAGUUGAAGGCUCCUAAACGUUGCUCCGCCCGAUUGUAGAAACUGGAGAUCGGGCCUCGAGUCCAACGACCGUUUCUUUUUCGAAACUAUGUUAUGUAGCAUAGAUAUACACUCACACAUUUACUUGUAAGCACGCGCCACUGAUUUGUAGCGAAUGAUUUGCGUAUGUACGUACGUAUGUAUGUAUGUCACGAUGUACAUAUAACAAUUAAUUGAAACGAGACCUAUUGUAUAUCCUUCUAACUUAUGAGCAGGCCGAUUCGAUCGUUAUAGGCCGUUCGAUUCGCGGAUUUACUAUCAGGAUACAGCUAUAUCCGGCUGUGUGUGUGUGUGUGUGUUUUCAGCCGCGCGCGAGAUUUUCGACGAUAAACCAAACGAAACGGCUAAGCUUGCAGCCAAUGCUUACGAUGAUUAUUUUACAUUAAGUCCUCUCUGGCUGUACUAUAAUUUUAAUAGUUUAUUAUUAUAAUCGAAA